CGCUCGGCCGCCGAACAAGCGAGAGCGGCGGGCUUGUCGAGAACUCGCACCACUGCGCCCGCGUCCGCCCGCACGCGCGUCGCGCCGCGCCGCGCCGCCCGGUUCGCUCCUCUUGUCGGUCCUGUGUCACGCCGCGAGCUCACCCUCAUCUCGUCCCUCGUGCUGAUCGGACGUGAGCGGAGGAUCCUCGCGUGACAAGCGAUAUCACAACGACUGAAAAUAGAUCUCACAGCGACGAUGAGUGUUAUCGCGGGGCCCCGGCCGGAGGGCAGGAGGGUGGUGCUGGUGAUCCGCCGGACACAUUGAUGUUUCGCGCGAAUGUUUGUGCGACCUUGCGAUAUUCGACGCGUGCGAUCGCACAUGACACCAAUGAGGGUCUUCGUGUCCGACCGGGCUUUCCGAUCGGUGUUUUGGUGACGGCGCGGCCGUAAUAAAAGAGGGAAAAGGAGGAGAGAGAGAGAGAGAGAGAGAGAGAGCGAGCGAGCGAAAACAUACAGACAGACAGAGCGAUAACCGGUCUCUGGUAGAUCUCUCUCGUCGCGACCGCGACCGCGACAGGUACAGCCAGGGAGCAGCGAAAUUCGAAGAAUGUGCGCGAUCGGCAAGUGAAUGGAGAACAUAAAGAGAGCGGAAUAGCUCUUUCCGUUCCCGCAGAGCAGUUAAGCGAGUUUCACGAGUUCAAGAGAGGAAAGUUUGCCCGCCGCAAAGUUUCCCGCGCGAUAGUCUUCGUUUAAGACUGAAGUAUGGAUCAUGGGGCCUCAUCCUCAGGACUGCGCGACCGCGUCUCCGCGUGUGUUAAGCGCCGCGCGUGCGAAUAUUCGCGUUUGUCGGGCGAUAUCGUCGCGAAAUACGGCUUCUCUGAGACGUCUUAGUCUCGGAACUCCUCGAGAACCCUCGAGAGCAGGGCUAACCAGGAAUCCUCGGCUGAACGCUCGCUCCAGCGCUCUGAGGAGAGGACUCUGAUUAUAGAAGGGGCGGUCGGUGAUUUACGGCAGAAAGAAGAGCCAGCGAUGGGGAUGCGCGGAAGAAACUGGAGUUAGACCGCCGUUACUCGUGUAUUAGCCGUGUAAUCGCUACACAUCGAAUCUGCCGCGCGUUAGUUGACUUGAUCGCUAUCGACAUUUACCUUACUCAACGUACGACGACGUACGUAACGCGACAUGGGCGAACGUUAUUUAUAUCGCGGCAGCGCGUUCUGUAAGAAGCAAAGAACUAUCUUAAUCGGAGGAUCAAUCGUACCGACGGUCUAAUUUAUCUUCGGAUUAGUGAGUGACUUUCUCCGCGUUCCGCGUAUAAUACUCUCGCUUACAAUAUAUCUAGCGAGAAGAAAGAAUCGACUACCGAAUCCCCCUCGAGCCGAGCUUCGUCUACGAGGACUUGAAGUGUCGCGACCGCGCAGCGGACGCGCCUCGGUCUCGGCAUCGACGGUGGACGGUGGACGAGCGCAAAGAAUCGGAGGAAAAUCCGCCACAUCGGAGAUAUUCGGCGACCCCGAUCGAUACUUGAACGACGGAUCGGCAUUCUCGGCGAAUCGCAGUCGAUGGAACGCGGGCGACACGCGGACGUGAACGACCGACCGGCGUGUCCGUUCGCACCAUGCUCGGUUCAUCGUGCACGGUCGGCGCAUUCCUACGAGCAGCACUCGUUGCGGCCGCGAGCCGCGUGCCUGGUCGUCGAGAAGAGUUGCCGUCGCACGAGAUAACUCCCGUCGACAUGCCGGAAGCGUUUACGCCGACGCUCUUCGCAUUUUUCGACGCGCGCCGUUUGCUGUGUCCCAGGUAGACACACAAUACUAAGCACCUUCCGGCCGGCAACGGAUCGGUUGCGCGCGCGCGCGCGCGCGCGCGAUCUCUCUUCACCCCUGCACACAACCCCUUGUGUCCUCGUCGUCCUCCGCCUCCGCCUCCGCCGUCGCCGUCGCCGAUCGUGCGCUCACGAUCGAGCACACUAAACAGAGGCGCGGAUAUACAGAGAGGGAUAUAAAAAUAGACGGCGACUACCUAAGAUAGAUGGGAGUUGCCGGAAGUUGCCGGAGGAGUGUGACGGGAUGAAACGAUGAGGGAGGCGCGAUCGCGACGGUGAAAUACUGGACUCGCAGCACUCCGCGAGGACAGUACGCGGUAGUGAGAUAGUACGAGUGCUCUUGCGCGAGACACGCUUUAAGCCGCGCUCGGCCCGGUAAUUUUCAACGGUGAAUCUCCGGCUCGUCCACCACAGCACCCCGAGGAACUUUGCGACGGGUGGUGGCAUGAAGAAGCGUGCGGACAGCACGUAGCGACUGGCCCUUCUCGCUUCGGAGAUGCGGCGCUAUCCACUGCAUAUCAACGUCGCCCUCACCGUCGUUCUACUGGCGACUCGUGCGAUCGUCGUCGUGCGUGCCGGCGAACAAGAAAGGGAGGUCUGGUAUGAAGCGGCGACGAGGGCGAUCGAGGCGCGGAUCAGGGCGGCCGCGAGUUCCAGCGUCAGCGGCACGACGCCGCCGGCCGGGGUGGCGCGAGGCGUCAUCCUCUUCGUCGGCGACGGCAUGGGGAUGAGCACCCUCACGGCUGCGAGGAUUCUCUCGGGUCAACGUCACGGGAACCCGGGCGAGGAGGCGCAGCUAGCGUGGGACAGCUUCCCGGCGGUGGCAUUGGCGCGGACGUACAACAUGGACGCCCAAGUCGGCGAAUCGUCGGCAUGCGCGACGGCCCUGCUCUGCGGAGUUAAAGCCAAUUACGAGACUGUUGGGCUGGACUCGUCCGGGCGCUUCGAGGACUGUUACUCCAGUUCCAAGGCGCACGUCCCUUCGCUUAUUAAUUGGGCUCAGCAUCAAGGCAAGUCGACGGGACUAGUUACAACCACCAGGGUUACACACGCGACACCGGCGGCUCUUUAUGCACAUGCAGCCAGCCGUUACUGGGAGGACGACGGCAAGGUGCCACCUGCUGCACGUACCUCUUGCAAAGACAUCGCGCGUCAGCUGCUCGAGGAGGAGCCCGGCCGUAACAUCAAUGUGGUGCUCGGUGGUGGCAGGCGUCACUUCGUGCCGAAGGUGACUCUGGACCCCGAAGAGCCGGACAAGGAGGGCCGACGACUGGACGGUCGGAACCUGAUCGAGGAGUGGUCGAGGAAUCACCGUCUGCGGAGCAUACCGGCGCGCUACGUCGCGAACAAGGAGCAAUUCGAGAACGUGGAUCCGCGGAAAGUGAACCGGCUGUUAGGUCUCUUCGCCUAUUCUCACAUGGACUUCGACGUCGACCGGAACACAAACGACACCGGCGAUCCCUCGCUGGCGGAGAUGACGAUUAAGGCGCUUCGGAUACUGGCGAAGAAUCCCGAGGGAUACUUCCUCUUCGUGGAAGGUGGAAGAAUCGACCACGCUCACCAUUACAACAACGCUUAUCGCGCGCUGGAUGAGACUCUGGCGCUGGAGGAAGCCGUCCAGGCAGUUAUGAAGGAGGUCGAUCUCUCGGAAACGCUUCUCGUCGUAACGGCCGAUCACUCGCACGUGUUAACCCUGGGCGGACUGGCGACGCAUCGCGGGAACCCCAUUUUCGGCUCUGACAGCAAGGUGUCGGACGUUGAUGGACAGCCCUAUACAACGUUGCUGUACAGCAACGGUCCAGGUUACACGCAGCCGCGGAAUAUCCUGCGGGAGGUUGGGAAAGAUUCCAUUCAGACUGCGGGGGUGCCGAGGGCGUGGGCGACGCACGGCGGCGAGGACGUGCCGGUGUUCGCGAUCGGGCCCCUCGCGAGCAUCCUGUUCUCCGGCAGCGUCGACCAGAGCUACAUCCCGCACGCGAUCGCCUACGCCUCCUGCCUGGCCCAUCACGCCAGCCGUUGCUCCCGAGAUUCCACGAACAACGCCAACGCCAGCGACACAAUGAACGCCGCGCCGAUAAGCUGUCCCUCGGUGGAGCCCAACAGCGCGGCGAUAUCCAGCGACGUGAUGAACGACCAGGCGCGAAAUCCAUCCACGAAAUCCGCGGCCGGCCCGUCGUCGUCGUCAUCGUCGUCGUCGUCGUUGCUGCUGCUGUUGCUGCUGCUGCUGCUGCUGCUGCUGCUGCCGCCGCCGCCGCCGCCGCCGUCGCCGCCGUUGCUGCUCGUGCUGUUGACCCGCGUCCCCCCGACUCGCCGGUGUCCCUUCGAAAGGACGAGUUAAUGCGCCCCCUUUCGCGUUCGAGCUAGAGGGCUCGAGUCCCUCCCUCACCCCAUGACGUAGGUGUUACAUGACACACAGUGGAGGAAGCCGGCCGAAACUGCCACGUCCUGGCGGACGCGUUAUAAAGGUCGACCGCGUGGCGGCCGCAGUGUAAAUUUGUCGGGACGGCCGUUCCGAACGAGUUGUGCAUCUCCCGGCGAUCUGUUAAAUGGAUCGUCCGCUCAGCAACGUCGGCCGCCGCCGCGGGAGUCACCGCGGAGGAUCGGCGCGAUGUAGCGUGGGAACCUUCGGAAGAAAGCGACGGAGGGAGGGAGAAGCCCUAGUGGCGGAGAGGUCCUCUUGAGGCGCGACUGAGGACCUCCAGGAGGAGGCGUAUUUGCAUUCCUCGACGACCCCGACAAGUGACGGAUCGGGCGUUCGUGGACGAGCGCCUGAGACAAGGACACGCCGUUCGCGCACGGUGUAUCCUCAAUCCUCUCUCAUGCACCCGCGAUCGAGCGGCCCUACUUUCCGCGCCGCGUGUAAUAUUUUAUAUUAUCGAUACAGAAUUGCAUUGCUCAAAAGAAUUACGGCGUGGAUAGAUUUAUUGCCGUAAAUUAGCCAACCUUGACUGGCGAUUACUUCGCGAAAAAUUAUUGUAGACUAAUGAUUUUUCUUUUUUUCAACAUGAAGCUUCAAGUCUCUACUUUAAGAAUGUAUCUUCAUUUUUUGCAAUGCACCCCUACCUCUGUAACCCCUGACGUCUGAGGGUAUGUUUGGUAUACUGAAAAUUGCGAAGUUUGACGGAGUGCACGGACGUGAACAAUCUUUUUUCGGGGACGCCGUUUGCAUCGUCAUUUGCAAGUCCAAAUCUUCCCCUUCAAUUUGGAAGGAAAAUGGGCUCGCUACGAUUUUUUUUCGCAAAGUUACAGCCCCUCAAAAAUAUCGUUGUUCUUGACCUUCGGGCCAAGUACCGGCCGGCGGCGGAUUAUUAAAUGACUGGAAAUCGUAGCAACGGCAACGGCAAAAGUGUUUGUUGACACGCGCGCAUGUUUUUCAGCUCCUGGCUCGUGUUUUGACCACAGCCGACAUUCCCAGCGUCGGCAAACAAAUUCUCUCCGUAUUCUCCACGGCUCCGUACCACGAUAUUUCUGAAGGGCUGUAACUUUGCGAGAAAAAAUUGUAGCGACUCCAUUUUUUCAA